AUGCAAAAUACGGAAGAUAUUGCUAUAUCUCCAGAAUAUCUUGCAUUAUCAAGGUUCAUUAGUCAAAAUGCUAGUGAAGAAUUAAAUAAAACUAUUCUAAGUUCCAAGAAAUCCGGAAUUCUAUGUCAAUUAAUCAUUAAUUUCAUUCAAAAGCGAAUAAAUAACAAAGAUAUUGCAAAAAUUUUGACAUCUUCUGUAUCAUUGCUCGUAAAACGACCUGAACUGAAGGAUGUUUGCGCUCUAUAUUCCCAAAAUCUCGCAAAAAUGAUUGGUUUGCCAGAAGGUUCAGGAGAAAAGGAGAUAAUAGCAGAAAUUACACAAUUGCGUCUUAAAAACGAAUCAAAUGUUGCCUUAAAGAUAGAUUUUGUCAAUCUACGUACAGAAGUUGAACGCUUGCAAAGAGAAAUUGCACAGGUUUCUGCCCAAAGCACAAUCAAAGAUGAAACCAUUAAAAAGCUAAAUGAUAAACUACAAGAUUAUUAUUCGCCAGAGAAAAUGAAAAAGCUAUUAGCGCAGUCUAAGAAACAAAUUGAAAUUAGAAAUGAUAAGAUAAUCAAGAGCGAUGAGUCAAUUAAGCAACUUACUUCCGAAAAUAACAAAUUACAAGAAAAAAUUUCUCUUUUACAGAAUCAAAUCGAAAAUAAUCCGCACAUAAACGAAUAUCAGAGAUUAUUAAAGAAUAAGGAAGACGAGAAACAGCAUAUUAUUGGUAUUUUCGAUGAAAUGCGUGAGCAGAUUGAAAGUCAGUCAGAAGAAUUGAAUCAUUGCAUAACUAUUAGAAACAAUAUGGUAUCAUACAUUCAUAAGUUAAAUGAUCUUUCUCAAAAUACUUUAUCAUUGCUUGAUAACACGAGGCAAGAGCUAAAAUCCGUCAAAGAGGCCAAAGAAACGUUAGAAAAGCAGUUAACCCAACAUGCAAUCGACUAUAAGCAUAUAAUAAACAAAGUUAUUUCACUAUCACCAAGUACAAUCAAGAAAGAUAUCCAAGAUAUCUUAAAUGGCAAAACCUCAAGUGCAAUAGAAGAAUCAUUUGCAAAGAUAACUGAAUAUUAUAAACAAAACUUCAUAGAACAACAAAAUACUAGUGAAAAGGAAAUAAUCGCAAAGCUUAGAAAUGUUGUAGCAUCAAAUAUUUCGUUUAUCCAUCAAUUAAUUGAUUCAAAGCUGAUUCAAUCUUGGUCAGAAGUUCCAUAUUCACUUGAUAGCAUUAGACAAUUAUUACAAACCGAAAUUCAGCAAAUCAAGGAAUCAAUUCAAAAGAAUAAUAUCCAAUUACCAACUGUUGAAACAAUAUAUAAUACAUUCUUAUUUGAAAUGCCAUCUGCUGAACAAAUUACCGAAAUUUCUAACUAUUUCGAGAAAUUUGAAGAAACAAAUUCUCCAAAGGAAUUAGAAUUGCUAGGUAUUGUUAUUCAAUGCAUCCAAUCUAAUUUUGCUCUUGUUCAAUAUUCAAAUCUCAACAAAUCAAAAGUUGAGAAAUAUUCUAAUGAAAUAAAGAGUUUACAAAACAAUAUCGAGGCAAUGAAUGAAUCAGCCAAGGCUAUUAAGUCAGAUGAGCGCGCUCGUUAUGAAGCAGAAAUUUCUCAAUUGAAGAAAGAAUUGGAAGAAAUGAGUAACCAGAACAAUGAAGAAACAGAUUCUGAAGAGCAGAACGUCAAUAAUUCAGAUAUUAUCGAAUUUGCUACAAGAGAUCUUAAUAACCAAAAUCAAGAACUUCAAAAUUGCGUUGAAGAGCUUAAGCGAAUGGUUGAUGAAGCUAAGGCAGAUUCAACAACAAAAAUGCAAGAAAUUGAGAGUAAGAAUAAUGAAAAUGAACAACAAUUAAAGCAACAGAUAUCAGAAUUGCAGGACAAGAUCAUUGAGCUCAACUCUGAAAUUCAAAAGAUGAAGGAUGAGAAUGAUAUCUUAGAAGAUUCUAUCAAGAAUUAUGGAACUCAAGAGCAAGAAUUAGGAAAGUGUCGCGAUCAGAUAUCCAGACUUAAAGAAGAAAAUGAAUCUCUUGAAAGAAGUAUUCUUGACCUCAAAGAAGCUGCAGAAAUAACAGUUAAAUCAGUUGUUUCUCGUUCUAAGAAGAGCAUUGCACGAGUAAGAGAAGAAAUGGCAGGAAAGGAAACAGAAUAUCAAGAAAAGAAUGAAGAUUUAUGCCAGCAAAUUGAGACAAUUCAAGCAGAACUUAAUGAAAAGAACGCCAAGAUUAAAGAGUUAGAAGAUAAUGCAGAACAACUUUCUCUUCAUAUCAAAGAAAUUGAAGGCGAAAAGCAGAAUAUUUCAGCUCAAAAUACAGUUCUUCGUACACAAUUAAAGCAAUGUUAUGACAAAAUGCAAAGAGAAAUUGCUUCCUUCCAAAGCGAACUCAAAGCAAGAUCAUUUGCACUUGAGUGUGAAUAUAAGAGCAGAAUGGAUAAACAGAAGGCAACAAUGCAAAGUGACUAUGAUUCUCUUCAUGAUAUUGCAGCUAAACUUCUGAAUGAUCCAUCAAAUAACCAUGAAGAUUUUAUUGAGCAGCUUGAUCUUAAAGUCUUUGAACUCUUAUCAUUGCAAAGCAAGCUUGACAACAUGAAGGAGGAAAUCAAUCAGGCAAGAGAAAUAAUUUCUGCUCCAAAAUCAUUAUCUUUCAUAGAAUCAGUAACGAGCAUGCAAAAGACAAUGCAAGAAAAAACAACAAAACUUGAGAAAUGCGAAGAGAAGAUCCGUUCAAUGAAGAAAGAAGUUAUUAUGGCCAGAGCAAAUGCUAAUCAAGCAUAUGAAAACUGCGAAUGGGCAGAAUGGGCAAAGAGAAUUUGUGAGAAUGUAACUGACGGAGCAUACACUUCAAAUGAUCAGAAUGAGCUUCGUUCUAAAGUUGAAUCAAUGGUUCGUGAAUGUGCUGGACUUGGAAGCCUAGUUAAGCAUAUUGAAUCAUUAAGACUUCAAAAGAUAUUUACUCUCAAGAAGUAUAAUCAGAUUAAGCCAGCAGAAUUAAGUGCCAAGACCAUCAUAUGUACAGCACUUGCUCUUAGAAGAAUAAUGAAGAACUCAAAAUUCAAUAUUUCUUUUAAGAAAGCUACACCUGAACAAGAAAAAUCUCCGUUCUUUGAUAAUUUUAUUGUAUGUUAA